AUGGCGAAAAAAGGCGAGGAUCGAACUUUUAACAUCAGUGUGAUCGGACUGUCGGGUACAGAAAGAGACAAAGGUCCUGUUGGUGUUGGCAAAUCAUGUCUUUGUAACAGGUUCAUCUCUUACGUAGCAGACAAGUACUUCUCGGACCACAUCUCUGUACUAAGUCAAAGUGACUUUGCUGGACGCGUUAUUAAUAAUGACCACUUCCUUUACUGGGGCGAGGUCACAAAGACUGAUGACGGCAACAAUUUUGUUUUCAAUGUCAUAGAACAGAGCGAGUUCAUUGAUGAUGUAUCGUUCCAGCCAUUCAAGACGGGUCGGACUGACCCCUACUACAAACGUUGUGUGGCCACUAAGGUUCAGUCUGCUGAGAAGCUGAUGUAUAUAUGUAAAGACCAACUAGGCAUGGAAACAGACAGUGCUUAUGAGCAGAAACUAAUGCCAGAGGGCAAACUGAAUAUUGAUGGUUUUAUAUGUUGUUUCGAUGUUAGUCAAAUUCAACAACGGACUCUAGAACAACAAGUAGAGUUUGUGACAUUGUUAUUAAAUGGUGCAAUAAAAACAAAGAAACCUGUUGUGAUGGUGACAACAAAAACAGAUGAGGCAAAUGAUCGUUAUGUAAAAGAAGUGGAACGUCUUUUGUCAAAACGCGAGUACAAGAAUAAUAUUCCUCUUGUGGGGACGUCGGCACACGAAAAUGUCAAUGUAGAGCAGGCUUUUUUGACACUUGCUCAUAUGAUCGACAAAACUAAAACAAGACCAAAAAUUGUUCAAUUCUCCGAAGCUGUUCGACAGCGGAAGGAAUUACUAGAUGUGGCAACAGAGGCCUAUUGUAGCCUGCUUCGCAACAACAUUGGUGACCCAAAGGCUGUAUGGGCACCGUCACGCAAGAAGUUAGAAAAGGAAUCAGACUUUUUACAUUAUAUUGAGCAUUUUGGAACUGAAUCUGCACGUAAACUGUUCAGACUACAUAUUAAACACCUGUGUGAUGAUCAAAUACGCAGACGAGAGAGUCACUAUCUCCAACAAUUACCUGAUGUCCUCCAGCACUUCCUCCCAGACCUCAACACCAUCACGGAAAGUUGGACUUCCUGUCAACGGAUGAUCCGACAACACCCAGAUUUUGAAGAGUAUUUUGUGGAGGUAUGCUAUGAGAAUGACAGUUGGAAAACGACUCCUCAUUUUGUUGAUAACUAUCAGGAGACACGCAUCCCAUUUGAUCUCCUGUCCUCCUGUGAUGCUGAGACGUGCUUCCGCAAUCAUUUCAACGCCCUGCAAGCCCAACACAGGAAACUUCAGUUGAAGAGACAGUUUAAAAAAUUAUUGGAGGAGACUCCAGAAGUGUCGCCUGGAAAGUCAUUGGAAGAGACAUACCUUUCAUUUUUGGGCAGAGACUGUUACAUUGAUCUCAAACCGUAUGAACGUGAACAGGUGUAUGAUGCACACCAGCAUGACCUUAAAACCGCUGCCCGUCAGGAUUUUCAGGAACUGCUUUGGGAGAAGCUGGAGAUAUUCAUUCACAUGUCGAAUACACCUAAUACGAUCACACAGGAAGACAUCCGUACCAUUACCAAGUAUAUAGAGGAUGACCCUCGAUAUCGUGUGAUGGAUCGCCUGAACGAGGAAAGGACGGCAAUCCUCCUUAAUCUGCUAGGGUUUAUGGAGUGUCCAUCACGAGACAGGUGCUACUUCCAACAUACAUGUGCAGAAGUAAAAUUACAAAAUAUCUUUGAGGGACGCAUUUUCAGAUCUGAGCCGCCCUCUAUAUCUGAAGGUGAGGGCUCAAUGAAGGCCCUAAAUUUGGUGCUGCUAGGCAAGGCUGGUCUAGCUGAAGAACUAUGUAAAGAAAUCCGGAAUAUGUGCAAUCAAGAUAUGUUUCCUUAUCGAAGUGCUGUGUAUAGUUUAGAUUAUAGACCAAUAGAAGAGGAUGUUAGAUUAGAAUACAAUUCAUUUGCUACUGCAAAUUUUAUACCACAUGGGUGUCUUUGUGUGUAUAAUUCACGAGAGUCCCUGGAAUAUGUGCGAUCUAGCUUGGAGACAACAUUGCUGGAAGAUCUGCAGCGUGAUGAAAACCAAACAUUACAUGGUGUACCGAUCAUCAUUCUACAUGCCUUUAAUCCUGACCUGACAGAGAAGGAGCAUAUCAUUCUCUCUCACAGGGGACAGGAGCUGGCACGCAGUUUGCGAUGUGAGUUUAAAGACAUUCCAGCUGAAGAUGACAUAGAAGAUCAUGGUUUGAGAUUUUCACCUGUACAGAUAGAGGAGUCGCUGAUAAUGGUGGUUCGUGGCUCAGGGCAGGGUAGUUUAUCCCGUCCAUGCUCUGAGGACCUAGAGCCUGACCUACGGAUUGGGAUGUGUCUGAUGUGUGGUGACCCAUUCCAUUGUGAGAUCCCCCUUGGGCCCCUGCUGAACAGUAACCCCACCCAGAUUGACAUUGAUCCACAAAGCUCUAUGUUUACCAUUAACAUGGAGACCAAUGUUGACAACAGUCCAGAUUUUUCCAAACAGAAGAUUGAGAUAUGUAUCUCUUCCUAUCACAACUUUGUGUCCAAAAUGUUUAAGGAUGAUGAAGACUACCACAUGUUCCAUGGCUUCAUAUUAGUAUUUUCCACUAAAAGAAAGGCAUCUUAUGCAACAAUGAAGGCAUUUGCAGAAAGUUUGCGAAAUCAGAUGCAGGUGCUACCAAUUCUGAUCUUAGCGGUAACAGAUAGCGGUGGGUCAGCUAUCUUCUUCAAGGACGAGCUUAGUCAAAAUCUCAUUUCUGAAGGCAACCAAUUGGCUGAUUUUCUUGGUGGGGAAUUCAAGAUGACUACUGCUAAUUUCCAACAGCAGACUCCGAUAUACAUCCCAUUCUUUAAGGAGGCAUGGUUUAAGCGUGAAGUUGUGUCCGAGUCCUACUACAGUGUACCUAGCAGUCCCCCUGCUUACGGUCAAGCCUGUCAUUCCAUUGACCCCAAGCGUCCCCCGGCCCCACUCCCCCGUCAAUUUGAAAUCUAUCCCACAACCAAGAGCAGUACUAGUAACAGCCAAAGUACAGAAGAGUCUGAACCUAUAUAUGACCAACCUAACAACUUGCGCGGGGGGCCAACAUCUGACAGUGAACCAGAGCGCCCUUCCUCGGCAUCCCCGCCCCCACGUACAGAAAGCCCAUGUCCACCCCCAUACCAAUUGAAAAACGGUGAACAGUUGGUUCGUCCCAGUAUGAUUCGUCAGCAGCAGGGAUACCAUGCAGCCUGGGCCAUUAAUGAACCGCGGAGACCACAGAAGAAGGCGAGCACAUUCCCCUCUGAUGCCAAAUUAAUCAAUCCAGGCAACGGUCGACUGGAUGAUGAUUCACGGAGAAGUUCAGAGGAAACGAUUUGGAGGGAAAAUGAAAUCUAUCAUUCACGAAAUCCACAGUUUGCUGGAAGAAAGCCGUCCAAGAAUGCUAUACAGGCUCCACUGGCCUUACCAGAACACAUAGAGAUCUCAUCUGACUAUGCUACUGUUAAGGAUGUGGUGAGUUCCCCGACACCAGAAUCUGACUACGCUUCAGUUAAUGAUGCUCUUCCUGAUGGUAUCCUCCAGAGGGUUCGCUCACAGCAGCGUAAAAAAGGCAAUACAGAUUCGGAAGAUUCUGAGUUCAGUUCACUGGAGCGUGAGCGAGAAAAGAGUCUGUACACAAAGUGUAACAGGAAACCAACUCCACACAAGAAAAAGACCAAGUCCAAACCCCAGGCUGUCCGUGGAGAUCCAAUGAACUCUGAUCUGGCCAGUCAGUUCCGUCACUUGAGAAUACGUGACCGUGAUCGAGAACGGAGUAAUUCCCCUUCUGAUGGAAGUGAGGGCACGGGAGAUGAGCUGCAAUUAGUUCGCAAGGAGAAGAAACCACCCAAAAUUAAAAAGCGUCGGCCACCAGGUGGUAGUGAGAGUAGUGGGCAAGCCUUUAGUCCUCAGCUGUCAGACAGUGACAACCUGGCUGGCUCACCUCCUAGCCAUUACAGGGACAUAGUAUAUGGAGAGAGGGAGUUUGCAACCUUGCCUCGGGAUCGCUUUGGUGGUUUGAUGGCAACAAGUAUGGACAGUGCCGACCUUGACCUCAAUGAUAGUGGUAACUGGGCCUCCAAGAUGAAAACUUCCAAGAAACAACGCAAGGAACAACAGAAGAUAAAGGAGGAUGAAAAGAGAAGGAAGAAGGAGGAGGAGAGGAAGCAAAAAGAACAGCAGAAGAUACAAAAGAAGAAGAAGAAAGACAGUAGGGGUGCAGGAAAUGAGAGUGGAUGUCGACUGCAGGAAUUCCCUAUGUCCUCCGCCAACCCCUCCCUUCCACAGUUUGUGGAGACUUGUGUGGAAUAUAUAGAUGCUGAAGUGAAAAUUGGUCGAAUGCACACAGAAGGGAUUUACCGUAUACCUGGCAAUAAACAAAAUGUAGAUCUGCUCAACUCCAAACUUCAGGAGGAUCCUAGUCAAGAUAUAAAAAGCCUGGAGAUACAGGUGAAUGCUGUGGCAACAGUGUUAAAGAAUUUCUUCAAUGAGACAGAGCCAUUAAUUCCCUCCUUCCUGCACGAUGAACUCCUCGAGGCAGCAGAGAAAUUUGAGGACGACCCACAAGAAGAAAUGCCAACAGGAAGACUUCUAGCCCUGAGGGGAGUCCUGAAAAAGCUGCACCCAGUCAAUUUUGAAGUGUUAAAGUACUUCAUCACACAUCUGAAUAGAGUGAGCCAACAUAAAGAUACACACAACAUGGAUACAAGAAACUUAGCUCUUUGUUUAUGGCCCACUAUUCUUCGUAUAGACUUCAUGUCAUAUGACAAAAUGGCAACCGGCACCAAACUGCCAGCGGAGAUUAUACAGACGUUGAUAGAGCAAUGUGGAUUCUUCUUCCAUGGUGAGGACGAAGUCUGACAGGAAAGGACUUGCUACUCUAAUUUACACAGGAAUUGAGACAUUUUUGACAGGGAGUUAUCAGUAUUUCUGUGUUACACAGGAAAGAAGAAGGGAGAAGUCAUUAUUCACUUGAUAGAUAUUUGAAAGCUGCAGAGUGACAGAGUAUUUGUGUGUAACAUGGUUGAGUGUACUGGUAUGUUAGAAGGUUGCAAAAACCUUCAUAUGAGGAAGACUACCGCCGUGGAGAAAUAAGCUAGUCAGGAGGUUCACAUUUGUGUUUUCAGUGAUGAAGUGUGAGACUGGUCCAUCUAAAUACUGAUCAGAUGGCAAUCAGCAACCAGUCACAAGUCAACGGUCAAGGUGUAAUGCAAGUCCUCUGUCAGUGGUCAACACAGCUGUUGCCUCAAGUCCAUUCUAAGUGGAUAUGGACAAUGUCAUCAACUAGAUCAUUGAUACCGAGGACAAUACUGACAGAGUAUAACCAUUACUACCUUGGACCCUGAUUCAGACUGGUGAUUUCAUAUUUUAACUUAUAAAAUUGUAAAAACAAAAGAUUAAGUACAUACUUAUCUUUGAUUGUAUUUAAGGAAUGUAUGCUGCUAGAUGCGUGUUCCUGUAUGAAGCAACUAGAUAUGAAUUUCUGUGGAAGUCCUAUAGCAGUGUGCUGCAGUGUAAUGUAAUCUGUCGCAAAACCAUGCCAAGUUUAAUCAUAAAAUACCAUUAAAUAUUUGUAAUUAUUAAUCAACUUGCUUUGAAAAUUACACAAUGUUUGCUGUAAUGUUUAAUAUUCUGUUUUUAAUUUAAAUAUUGUCAAGGGAAGCAACUCUUGCAAGAUGUGAAGUUUGAACUAUUUAUAGAUAUACUGUAUUGUAAUGCAAUGUAUUAGUUAGACUGCACUUAAUUGACCAUGGGACAAAUCUGACACCAAAGAUUGCUAAUUAUGAGUUGUAACAGUUUGAUGCCCAUAUAAUCAUUUCAAUCCCAAAAGAAAUUAAUGUAAUAUUGUUUUUGUGUUUUGUACAUGUUGAAAAAUCAAAGAGUUUGCUCAAGACAGUCUUUGUAUAUUAACAUUCUUGAGGAUGUGACUGAAAAAAGGAAAAUCCCAACAAUCUUUUUAUAUGAUUUAAAAGUUUAUUGAAAUAUACAUGAAAAAUGUAUUCAGUGGAUGCUUAAGAGAGAAUUGAAAUUUACAUUAACAUUAGAUUUUUACUUCUGAAAUCUGGGAGGAAUCUUAUAAAAGUUUUAAGAUGAUAUAAGGUUUAUACAUGUGCUGAAGCUUUGGCUAUGGGCUACAACAGUAGGCUGGGGUUGUUUGGCAUAACAAUGGGUAAGUAUUGAAUGUAUUUGUCAACAAGUCGUCUUUUUGGUCACUAACUCAUUAGAAUGUCAAUACACAAUGCAUAUGUUGACAAGCAUUGUAUGAAUGGUAUGUUAGGUUUUGGCUGCUGAAAUUCUAAAAUCUGUUCAAAAAAUUGCCAAGCUAGUCAAAAGUGAAAAGAAAUGUACAGAGAUUCUAAAAAAAUCUCCAACUAAAUCAAUCAUUACAACGGUGUCCAGUAUUCUACUGCCUGGUCAAGUGGUCAAGUGGAUCAGGGCGCCUGGCAGCUAGUCAUUUAUAAUGUUUUUGUAGUGUGUAUCUGAUUGUUGGCCCGUCUUGGCCAGAUUGCUGUAUGUGGUAUGUGUUUGGCCUGGGAGCCUCUUUAUUGAUAUAUAUAAACUGACUGACAAGUCAACUGAAUGACUGAAGUACUUACGUCAACAACUGAUGUGGUGUGAUUGUGACAUCACCAUAUAAUGUGAUUCCGAUGAAGACUUCAUAACUUUAUAGUGUGUUUCAGAUGGGACAUACAUCACCAUGUGUUGUGUUUCUGAUGGCACAUAUACCAUGUGUUGUGUUUCUGAUGGCACAUAUACCAUGUGUUGUGUUUCUGAUGUGAUGGCACAUAUACCAUGUGUUGUGUUUCUGAUGGCACAUAUACCAUGUGAUGUGUUUCAGAUGGAACAUAUACCAUGUGUUGUGUUUCAGAUGGUAACUAUAUUACCAUGUGUUGUGUUUCUGAUGGGACAUACAUCACUAUGUGUUGUGUUUAUGAUGGGUCAUACAUUACCAUGUGUUGUGUUUCUGAUGGCACAAAUACCAUGUGUUGUGUUUCUGAUGGCACAUAUACCAUGUGUUGUGUUUCUGAUGGCACAUAUACCAUGUGUUGUGUUUCAGAUGGGACAUAUGCCAUGUGUUGUGUUUCUGAUGGUAACUAUAUUACCAUGUGUUGUGUUUCUGAUGGGACAUACAUCAUUAUGUGUUGUGUGUCUGAUGGGACAUACAUCACCAUGUGUUGUGUUUCAGAUGGGACAUACAUCACCAUGCGUUGUGUUUCAGAUGGGACAUACAUCACCAUGUGUUGUGUUUCAGAUGGGACAUACAUCACCAUGUGAUGUGUUUCUAAGGGAGACUGCAUCACCAUGUUGUGUGCUUCUGAUGGAGACUACAUCACCAUGUUGUGUGUUUCUGAUGCAGACUACAUCACCAUGUGGUGUGCUUCUGAAGCAGUUUUAUUUUGUCCGAUUGGAGUAGCACCAUACUCUAUUUAUGACAGGCCACAGCAGAAUGUGAUUGGUCACUGAUCAAGCCAAAGUGCUAGGAGAACUCCUCCAAGGUCAGGUGUGAAUGUUAACUUAGUAAUGUGAGCCUAAUAGGAUAAUUAAUUAAUUGCUUAAAUAUUCAUGCAUAAUAUAUAUAAAUCUAUAUAUAUAAUAUGGUAACAUUUCAAAUUGUUAGUUAAUGUCAGUUGUGUUAUCAAAAUUGUACAUUAAAUGGUGUAUGAUCCUUCUUUAUGUUAACCUAUAUUUUACGCUCGUAUGGUGCGUAUGUCUGGAGUCAGGUGGUGUUUGUGUUGGAUCUCGUAUAGUGUGUAUAUCUUGGGACAGGUGGUGUUUGUGUAGUAUCUUGUAUGGUGCGUAUAUCUGGGGUAAGAUGGUGUUUGUGUUGGAUUUUGUAUGGUGCGUAUAUCUGGGGUAAGAUGGUGUUUGUGUUGGAUUUUGUAUGGUGCGUAUAUCAGGGGUCAGGUGGUGUUUGUGUAGGAUCUCGUAUGGUGCGUGUAUUUGGGGUCAGGUGGUGUUUGUAUAGGAUCUCGUAUGGUACAUGUAUCUGGGGUCAGGUGGUGUUUGUGUUGGAUCUCGUAAGGUGCGUAUAUCUGGGGUCAGAUGGUGUUUGUGUUGGAUCUCGUAUGGUGCGUAUAUCAGGAGUCAGGUGAUGUUUGUGUAAGAUCUGGACCCUCUAUCCAUUGUUAGAUAUGACAUACUGCCACAUUUACUGUGGGGAUAAUCAUAUAAAACAUGUGGAACCAAAGACCUGGUAUGAGGAGUGGGUGUAAAACUUUCUGUGGACCAUUUCAUCUGCUUUAAUGGAUCAUGGACCAUAUAUUGAUGACAAGAUGUAUAAGAUUCUGAUAGAUUUGUUGUGAUAUAGGUAUUUAUAUCUGUGUUGUAUGAGGAAGUUGCACAGAGUUGUGUUGUGUAACCCAGAAGAGUUGUACAGAGUUGUGUUGUGUAACCCAGAAGAGUUGUACAGAGUUGUGUUUAGUGAGUAAAAGAAGUUGUAGAGUUGCAAGGGGUGAGGAACGAAGAUUAUACAGAGUUGUGUUGUGUGAGGGAGAUAGUAUGUAUAAAUUUGUGUUGUGGCAGGGAGAGAGUAUGCACAGAGUUUUGUUGUGUUGGGGCAGGAGGUUGUAAAGAGAUGAGUUGUUUGGGGGAGAGAGGUUUUAAACAGUUGUGAUUGUUUAAGGGGAAGAUGUUACACGUUGUAUUGUAUAGUGAGAGAGGUUGUACACUGUUGUACAAGAGACAGUUGUCCUAUUCUUUUCUUUAUUGUGACAUGUUAGUGUGAGGAGGUUGUGCUUCACUUUGUUAGGGAGAGAAUUUAUGUUAUAUAUACUAUACCAAUUUUAAUGAGAUUUGGUGCCAUACCAUUUUAUGUGAGAAAGAUAAAUUAAUUACUAAAUUUGUUAAGUACUGUUUUUGAUGUGAACAUUUGUACUGCACCAUGUUGAUGCAAAAGAGCUGUACAGAUAGCUUCACCAUGUGCGAUAAUUAUGUUGAUAGUUGUGUGGUUUUUGGCCUUUGAAGCCCUGUGUCCAGUGUGUAAUCCAAGUGCUUUCUUGUCAUAUAGAGUCAAAUAACACCACUCAACCGCAAGGUAGAGGGAUGAUUUUAAUGGCCGUUUCAUAAUUUAAGCUUUUUACAUUAUAACUAGGUACACCAUAACUAUGAACCACUAUUUGGACAAGUUGCUGCUUGAUUGUGUGAUGUUGUACUAUUUAGGUCAGACAUUGUACAGGGGCGUUUAUAUUAGUUACACGUAAGUCAUCACUCACAUCUUAUAUAAUAUCAAGUUUAUCUAAAUACUGAAACAGAAAAUAACAUUUGGAAGUAGAAUAUCAGUAUAAUGAAACUGAGUUGUCUCCCCUUUAUGUUGUAUAUGGUUACACUGCAGCAGUACAACACACAGGAGGUUUCUAUUUUUGCUGUGUAUACAUAGUUCCACUUGCCAAUGCUGUCAGGUUACCAAUAAUCCAUUAGAUAUAUAUAAUGUACUACAUGAUGGGACUCUACUGAUAUCUUCACAUGUCAUUCAAUAAGAUUCUAUAAUGUAAUACCAUCCCCUACUGUAAUCCAUAGAUUAACAUGCUAUGAUAUAAUCUACAACAUAGAAUUCAAUUUGCAUCCUACUGGAUUAGUGUAGUGGAUGUAAUGUGAUACUUAACUUAUAGACUUAUGUAAGCCAAAUCAUGAGAUACUUAUCAGUGAUAAAAUCCAUGUCACAGGAUAUUCAAUUGUAACGGAAGUUAACAAACUGGGAUUUCUGCAUUAACUGCUACUUAAUAUAAUCUACAUAGUGAGAUACUUUAUUGAAAUUUAAUCCACAUAAUUGUAUAUGUUACUUUAAUUUACAUUAUGAGCUACUUGAUUGAAUCCUUAUUCAAAUGAACAUAUGGUUCACUUUAAAUUUGAUCCACAAUAGGGAACACUGAACUACUGUAAUCCACAUGAAGAAGUACCUAACUUAAAGUUUAAUCCAUGAUAGGGAAUAUGUUACUUCUAUAAUCCAGGUCAUGAAUAUGUUACUACCCUAAUCCAAUCCAGGGAAUACAGCUCCUAUCCAUGGGAUUGGAUAUUUGGCUACAGUAAUGCAUGUCAGGGGAUACUUCACUGCAGUAAUCCAUCUCAUGGGAUACUUUAGUGGUGUAAUCCACACCAUUGGCUACUUUAGUGGUGUAAUCCACGCCAUUGGCUACUUUAGUGGUGUAAUCCAUGUCAUGGGCUACUUAAGUGGUGUAAUCCACGCCAUGGGAUACUUUACGACUGUAAUCCACAUCAUGGGCUACUCAACCACUAUAAUUCAAACUUAUUAUAACUUAAAUGGAUACUUAUCUCUGUAAUCAACAUUAUUCAAUACUUUAAUUUUAAUAUCCUUGUCAUUGGAUACUUUAAAUCAAGAGAAACUAUAUUUAUACUCAGUGUGGUCUAUUACACUAUAAUCCAGACAUAAGUAGAUUUGUCAUACGAUGAACCCACUUUGUUCUUCUUCUAUUUGUAUUGUUAACUUACACUUGUGUAACUAAAUAUUAAGAUGUUGACCAGCACAAGUCCCCGACAACCAUGUACAUGUCGAGGAGUUUGUCCUAUCCACACAUAUUCGCUAUAGAGCAAGGGCGGAGUGGCUCAAUUUGUCUGUUUGUAUGUGCUUGAUAAAGGCAUAUAACUCGAUUGAUUUAUUAAAAUGUCAUACAAAACCAUCAAAA